GGUUUUGAUAAGCAAAUACAGGCUGGGCUUUGGGCUUCCUCAUUGGCUCUUCUUUUGGCCACCAGAUUUGGACACCAAUAUAAUCUGAUUGAAAAAUCAGGGAGGGGAAUGGAGCAAAGGGAGGAAAGAAAGAAAGAGAGAACGAGAGAAAGAAAGAAAGAAAGAAAGAGAGGAGGCUGCCAUUCGUCCAGCACUUCGUGAAACAGAAUGCCACGCUCCUUCCUGGUGCGGAGCAAGAGGAGAAGCAGGUGGGACCCCCCACCGGAUACAGUGGGACCCCCACCCCAAGGCCUGGCCCAGCUGCUGCCAAGCCCACCUACGGAAGCAGAGGCGGAGAGCGCCAACGUUCAGCCCCACACCAUCAGCAUCAGCAGCCCUGCCAGUGGGACUCGGACGCCAGAGUGCAGCAGCACAAUCAGCAGCCAGGACCUCUGCAGGGAGGGCUUCUCGGGGCCCGGCCUGGCCUUUGGCUUCCGCCCGGGGCCACCCUCCUUCCACCUCUUUGGGGGGCCUCUGCCAUUGCCACUGAUGGAGUCCCUCCCGCUAGACUACAGCCUGCGCUUCCCCCCAGAAGUGGGAGGGGCCUUCCACUGCCUUGCCUGCAACAAGGUCUUCUCCACAGCGCAUGGGCUGGAGGUGCACGUGCGCAGGGCCCACAGCGGGACCCGUCCUUUUGCCUGCAGCACCUGCGGGAAGACCUUCGGCCAUGCGGUCAGCCUCCAGCAGCACAACAGCGUCCACUCCCAGGAGAAGAGCUUCAGCUGCCCUGCCUGCGGGAAGGCCUUCAAGCGCUCCUCCACGCUGGCCACCCACCUCCUGAUCCACUCGGACACCCGGCCCUACCCCUGCCACUUCUGCGGGAAGCGCUUCCACCAGAAGUCUGACAUGAAGAAGCACACCUACAUCCACACAGGUGAGAAGCCACACAAGUGCCAAGUGUGCGGCAAGGCCUUCAGCCAGAGCUCCAACCUGAUCACGCACAGCCGCAAACACACCGGCUUCAAGCCCUUCAGCUGCAGCGGAUGCGGGAAAGGCUUCCAGCGCAAGGUGGACCUACGCCGCCACCAAGAGGCCCAGCAGCACCAUGGCGGGGGGCCCCCCUGAAGACCCUACUCUUGAACCCGGCCCAGGACCCGCACGGUCAUGCCUUCGCAAGAACCCUCGUUGUUUUCCCUAUUUCUGCCUGUUGUAGCCUGGUCAGAUUCUGAGCGCUAAGAAGAUGAGGAAGGGGAUGCUGGGAGAGAUUAAGAGGGCCCAGAGGAGGUUAGAAGUGGCCUGGAGAGAGUUGUUUUGGAAUCUCCAGGCAAUUCCCACGAGGCUGGAGAAAGCGAUAUCAGUACUCGUGAGAGAAAUGAGGGAGACGAGAGGGCAUGCAAUUAAGACAGACUCGGUUUUCCCAGUGAAUUCGAGAUAAGGAAUGGGAAGGCAGGUGCAGGAGAAAUGAUCUCAUGGGAGGGAUUCUGGCUUUUUAAAAGUGGUUCAUGUUGGUACAAUCCUUGUGAGAGCAAUGCUGCAUUCAGGUGAAGAGCUCUCAAUUUCAUGUCCUUAGAAUUCAUGUAUUCGUUUCAAGCUCUUCUUACAUUUAGUUCAUGUGUGGCCUAGUUUUCCUGUUUUGGAUUCAUGUUAUCUUGCUUUUGGAAAUCUUGGGACAUUGCUGUUGUUGGGGACUUUCUUGAUUUUCUUGAUUUUGUUGCACUCUAGCCUUGAGGUCACCCUUUUCUACCCAGCACCACACCAGAGUGCAAUAGUCUCGAACUACAGUAGUUUAUUUAGAAAAGCACUUGCAAAAGGGGGCGAAGGCAGUUCCUAAAAAGCAGUUGAAAAAGGUGCUAUGAAAUACCAGUAGUCCAGCAUGUGAAAAAGAUCUUGGAGUCCUUGUGGACAACAAGUUAAACAUGAGCCAACAAUGUGAUGCGGCAGCAAAAAAAGCCAAUGGGAUUUUGGCCUGCAUCAAUAGGAGUAUAGUGUCUAGAUCCAGGAAAGUCAUGCUACCCAUGCUCUAUUCUGCCUUGGUUAGACCACACCUGGAAUAUUGUGUCCAGUUCUGGGCACCACAGUUGAAGAGAGAUAUUGACAAGCUGGAAUGUGUCCAGAGGAGGGCGACUCAAAUGAUCAAGGGUCUGGAGAACAAGCCCUAUGAGGAGUGGCUUAAGGAGCUGGGCAUGUUUAGCCUGCAGAAGAGACGUCUGAGAGGAGACAUGAUAGCCAUGUAUAAGUAUGUGGGAGGAAGUCAUAGGGAGGAGGGAGCAAGCUUGUUUCCUGCUUCCCUGGAAACUAGGAUGCAGAACAAUGGCUUCAAACUACAAGAAAGGAGAUUCCAUCUGAACAUUAGGAAGAACUUCCUGACUGUGAGAUUCCACUGCUUCCAUGUAUAAGUAUAUGGGAAGAAGUCAUAGGGAGGAGGGAGCAAACUUGUUUUCUGCUGCCCUGGAGACUAGGAUGCAAUGGAGUAAUGGCUUCAAACUACAAGAAAGGAGAUUCCACCUGAACAUUAGGAGGAACUUCCUGAUGUUCAGCAGUGGAACUCUCUGCCCCGGAGUGUGGUGGAGGCUCCUUCUUUGGAAGCUUUUAAACAGAGGCUGGAUGGCCAUCUGUCGGGGGUGCUUUGAAUGCAAUUUUCCUGCUUCUUGGCAGAAUGGGGUUGGACUGGAUGGCCCAUAAGGUCUCUUCCAACUCUAUGAUUCUAUUAUUCUAUAUUUACAAAGUUCAAUAGUCUAUAAAGGCAAAGCACAUGGAAUCCAGGAAAUCAAGAUCAUAGGCAUAAAUCCAUAAGCAUGAAAACAGUAGCUUUUCCAGGACAAAACUCUUAUAGGAACAUAGGGAAACACAGGAGACAAGAUUCAUGAGCAUGAUUGCUGAUCCAGGAAUUUGAUUCUAUGGCAAAGUUGUCUGCUCUGGAGACUCCAAGAAAACAUCACUUAAUUUAAGCUCAGGCCCGACCAAGCAGCCAUGAGGUCAUCUCUUUGACACCUGGGUCUGAAAGACUUCUCACAGAGUUUCAAGGACUUCUCACAGAGUCUUUCUGACCAUCUAAUUAAUCUAUCCUUCACUCCCUCCACUCUGAGGCCCAAUCUGAUAUCGUGGGAAAACUCCUCGUUUGCUGAAAUGGAAUCCCAAACAUCCUCUGUCAUUGCCGGCCCUUCUCUCUGAUCGAAGGCCUGCAAUUCAGCCUGAUCACGCACAGACUCAGUGAAACCAUCCCCCUCAUCCCCUGAGGAUUCCCCAGCAUCCUGCUGCUGAGCCAUAACAGAGUCGAACUGGCUUGCUUUUUAUAUACUCUGCUUUUAAUAAACUUUUACUUAUUGGA